AUAUACACUGCUCAAAAAAAUAAAGGGAACACUAAAAUAACACAUCCUAGAUCUGAAUGAAUGAAAUAUUCUUAUUAAAUACUUUUUUCUUUACAAAGUUGAAUGUACUGACAACAAAAUCACACAAAAAUGAUUAAUGGAAAUCAAAUUUAGCAACCCAUGAAGGUCUGGAUUUGGAGUCACACUCAAAAUUAAAGUAGAAAACCACACUACGGGCUGAUCCAACUCUGAUGUAAUGUCCUUAAAACAAGUCAAAAUGAGGCUCAGUAGUGUGUGUGGCCUCCACGUGCCUGUAUGACCUCCCUACAACGCCUGGGCAUGCUCCUGAUGAGGUGGCGGAUGGUCUCCUGAGGGAUCUCCUCCCAGACCUGGACUAAAGCAUCCGCCAACUCCUGGACAGUCUGUGGUGCAACUUGGCGUUGGUGGAUGGAGCGAGACAUGAUGUCCCAGAUGUGCUCAAUUGGAUUCAGGUGUGGGGAACGGGCGGGCCAGUCCAUAGCAUCAAUGCCUUCCUCUUGCAGGAACUGCUGACACACUCCAGCCACAUGAGGUCUAGCAUUGUCUUGCAUUACGAGGAAUCCAGGACCAACCGCACCAGCAUAUGGUCUCACAAGGGGUCUGAGGAUCUCAUCUCGGUACCUAAUGGCAGUCAGGCUACCUCUUGCGAGCACAUGGAGGGCUGUGCGGCCCCCCAAAGAAAUGCCACCCCACACCAUGACUGACCCACGCCAAACCGGUCAUGCUGGAGGAUGUUGCAGGCCGCAGAACGUUCUCCACGGCGUCUCCAGACUCUGUCACGUCUAUCACAUGUGCUCAGUGUGAACCUGCUUUUGUCUGUGAAGAGCACAGGGCGCCAGUGGCGAAUUUGCCAAUCUUGGUGUUCUCUGGCAAAUGCCAAAUGUCCUGCACUGUGUUGGGCUGUAAGCACAACCCCCACCUGUGGACGUCGGGCCCUCAUACCACCCUCAUGGAGUCUGUUUCUACCCGUUUGAGCAGACACAUGCACAUUUGUGGCCUGCUGGAGGUCAUUUUGCAGGGCUCUGGCAGUGCUCUUCCUGCUCCUCCUUGCACAAAGGCGGAGGUAGCGGUCCUGCUGCUGGGUUGUUGCCCUCCUACGGCCUCCUCCACGUCUCCUGAUGUACUGGCCUGUCUCCUGGUAGCGCCUCCAUGCUCUGGACACUACGCUGACAGACACAGCAAACCUUCUUGCCACAGCUCGCAUUGAUGUGCCAUCCUGGAUGAGCUGCACUACCUGAGCCACUUGUGUGGGUUGUAGACUCCGUCUCAUGCUACCACUAGAGUGAAAGCACCGCCAGCAUUCAAAAGUGACCAAAACAUCAGCCAGGAAGCAUAGGAACUGAGAAGUGGUCUGUGGUCACCACCUGCAGAACCACUCCUUUAUUGGGGGUGUCUUGCUAAUUGCCUAUAAUUUCCACCUGUUGUCUAUUCCAUUUGCACAACAGCAUGUGAAAUUUAUUGUCAAUCAGUGUUGCUUCCUAAGUGGACAGUUUGAUUUCACAGAAGUGUGAUUAACUUGGAGUUACAUUGUGUUGUUUAAGUGUUCCCUUUAUUUUUUUUGAGCAGUGUAUAUAUAUAUUAUGGUUGAAUUAUUUCUUGCUUCAUUCUAACAACUUCUAUUAGGCUAACAUUUUCUCGAGUAGACCUACAUUUAUUGGAAUAUCAUUUUUCCCAUUUGCUUUUUCUUCCUGUGGCCUAGAAUAUUUGUAACAUCAUUGGCACAUAUGGGUAUGAAAGGCUGUAGUAAUCACUGGAUAUUUUAUUUUGACCUCAGACGUGAAAUGGACUUUGAUCUGCCACCCACUUUGCCAGCCAGUGGUAUCGCAUGGGAGAGGGUCCUCCCGCCUCUUCUUCCCAGGCUGAACAGGACAUCCGGGCUGUCCUCAUUCACGCCGUCGGAGCUGCUCACCCCAGUGACGGAGCACACUGGCCCUGCACAGGUGUGUUGUGACCACAGUCAAUUCACAGUUCAGGUUGAUGUGAAACACUUCAACCCAGAGGAGCUGAUGGUCAAGGUGACAGGAGACUUUGUGGAGGUCCAAGGGAAACACAAAGAGAAAAAAGAUGGGUCAGGGCUGGUGACGCGACAGUUCAACCAGCGCUACAGGAUUCCAGAGGGAGUAGACUCCAUGGCUCUGGAGUCGGCUGUGUCGCCUGAAGGCAUCCUCAUCAUAUCUGCCCCUAUGCUGCAGGGGGAGAACUCCACACACCGGUCCCACUCAGAACCAUGAGCAUACACACCCUAGGAACAAGCACACACAAUCCAUAGGAACCAGUGUUGGGGAGUAGUAAACUACAUGUAGUUCAACUAGUAAUUUAACUACAUUUUGCAGUAGCUUGGUGGCAGUUCAAAUCUUGGUAGUAUUUAGUAGUUAGCUACACUACAUGGCAAAAAAAGAAGUUAACUACUGGAAUUAAACUACUUUUUUUGCAAAUAGAAAAUUAAAUAUGGGUGUAGUAAGCAAUCAUUUCCUUUCUUUUUCAGUAUUACUCCCUUCUAGUUCUCACUUGAAACAUAGUUGUUUAAUAUGCUAAAUUACACAUUCUGUUAAUAUCUUACUCCAGAGUGAACUGUCUUUGCAAUUUGUAGUCUGACAUUUCAAACUUAAAUAUGAUAAUUUAUCACAAAGUAGUUUGAUGUAGUGAGCUUUUCAAAUUAAUUUUAGUUAAAGAAAAUAAAAAUGUAGUUAAAGGUAACUUUAUUGUAGCUUAACUUCUUUCAGUGUGAAGUAAUUGGUAGCUUGGUAAACUAUGCACACACACACACAAAUACAGGCACACUCCUCCAGACAUAUCAAAACACUCACCAAGGAACUGGUGCCUGCUUGUACCAAAACACCCAUUAACUAUGCCAUCACACCAUUAAAAUUCCCUACUCUCUCUCUCUGAGGUUUGUACAUAUUAACAGGACAGAUUCCUCAUUUAAAAGCAUCCCUCAUCCUAAAGAAUCCUAUUUAACUCAAUCUUAAAAUGUUUUUAUGGAACCAUUCAUUGUAAAUAUGAUAUAAAAAAUUGUGU